AUGGGAAAUCAAAGUCCCCCUGUUCAGGGCCUCGUCCAGGGGGGUAAGUUGAUCCUGGAUGACAAGGGAAAGGUCUCGAAGAUCUACGACAGGGGAGAGUCAGCCCGAUUGAAACGAGCACCAGCCAAACACGACGAGACAUCUAAGAAAGGCAAAGAGAAGCGCCUCGACAAAGCAUCGCCCGAGUCAGAUCUCAUCGAGAAGAUUGCUGAUGAGCUUGACGAGGCAAAGGUUCCAUACGUUCUCGAGCCUGACAGGAUGUUCAUCCCACACAGCAAGCUUACGAAAAUCCUCACGUUCAGCCGGAUUCGUAGCGUCGUACAUAUCCUGAAAUGCUUCAGUGGUGAGAAAGACAAAGAAGCCAUCUCACGGCGGAUCUUUUCUGGAAACCCCGAAAAAGGAAAGGCUCCCUGCGUGAAGCUACUGGCAGUUCUCAUUGGAAUCAACUCGGCGGAGCUUAUGGCCAAACACAUGCUGUCCGACAACAUGUCAGACAUAUGCUUGCCGAUCCAAAAACUCACAGUCAACGGAAAGCAACAGCUGCGUUGCCUACAACAUGGAUUUCACAGCGAGUUUAACAACUACCGUCGACAAGACAAGCGCGAAAGGUUUUCUCAGUGGUCUUACUUGUUGAGUGCGCCAUACAUCACAAGACAGAACAACCUUCACUCGCACUAUGUCCUUGAUACUGGCGAUGUCUUCCCCAUGGACUUUGAGUAUAAGGUAGAGCAAGAGGCCAGCACUGAAACAACCGCCAAAGGCUCUGGAAGCGAUGGAAACACGUAUGGGGGGUUUAGCGAAGUCUACAAAGUCAGAAUCCAUGAAGGACACUAUGACUUUGGAGAACACGGUAUCCGUCACCCGCGAGGCUACUUUGCGCUCAAAAAGCUCACGUCCCAUAACCGGACGAGCUUCAAUCUGGAGCUCUCGUCGCUAAUAUUCACGGGACGUAACUACAAGAAGAAGAACAUGAUUCAAGUCCUGGCUACAUUCGAGGUGGUUAAUCCUGCAACUACAACCUCAACGUUCUACCUGCUGUUUGAUUGGGCCGAGGGUAGUUUGAACAAGUUCUGGGAGAGCAACCAGACCCUAGUCGGUGACAAGAGCCACUGUUUGUGGAUGGCAAACCAGUUUUACGAGAUCAGCGAGGCACUUCAAUGCGUUCACAACGAUCACGCACAGACGAUGCGGUACUUGGAGGACCGAGAUUCAAACAAGGACCUGUACGGAAGACAUGGUGAUAUCAAGCCAGGAAACUUUCUCUGGUUUCAUACGAAUAGCGCCCCUGGUCUGAUAGCCUUGUCGGACUUUGGGCUAGGAAGGUUGCACACCCAGGUGUCCCGGUCAAAGCAAGACCCCAAGAACAUCGAGAGAACGGCCACCUACCGCUGUCCAGAGUUUGACCUACCGUCGGGCCAGGUUUCACCAAGAUCUGACAUUUUCAGUCUCGGCUGUGUGAUGCUGGAAUACGUUACCUGGUUCAUGAUGGGCCUGCAUGCCGUGGAGCAGGUCUUCCCCAGCGCCCGAAGUGAGCGCGACAUCUACGGGUUCGACUCCGACGUAUUCUUCUCCGUCAGAGACAACAACGCCGUUCUGAAGCCGUCCGUGGUGUCGUGGAUCAGAGGCUUGCAGAGCCACCCCAACUGUUCUUGGUACAUUUCGGACCUCCUUGACACUAUCGAGACCGGAAUGCUGGAUCCCAACGGAGCAACAAGAUUACCGGCGAACCGGCUGACCAAGAGAAUGAGGGCUCUUCUGGCGACAUGUGAGACCACGCCUAACUACUAUCUUGGGGUUCGAUCAAGAACUUGA